AACAAAUCCACCCGGUUUGUCUGUCCUUUAGAGAAGAGGAAUCUUCUCUUCCGAGCGCACCGACCAAUCGGUCCGCUUCUGUCGCUUUCUCUUUGAUUCGAUCCCUAAUUUCUUCCUAAACCAAAAUCAAUUUGGAUUAGGGUUUCCUAUUUUAUCAAUUUUGAAAUUUAAUCGAAUUUCGUCUCUUUUUUCUCGUUUCUUCUAAAAAAAAUCAAGAAAUUGUGGGUUUUGAUUAGGUCACCGAGAUGGUGAGCUCGGAGGGUGCAUCCUCCUCCCCGCCGGUGAAACAAUACGGCGUAAGGAAACCGAUAUCAACCGCCGGUCCGACCGAAGCUGAUAUUCAGAGAACUCGUGAUUUGGAGAAGUUUUUGGGUGAUGCUGGGCUCUAUGAGAGCAAAGAUGAAGCUCUUAAGCGAGAGGAGGUUCUCGGUCGCAUUGGCCAGAUUGUUAAAGAUUGGGUAAGACAGCUCACUCGUUUGAGGGGAUACACAGAUCAGAUGGUGGAGGAUGCUAAUGCUGUGAUAUUUACUUUCGGCUCUUAUCGCCUUGGGGUGCAUGGUCCUGGGGCUGACAUUGACACAUUGUGUGUUGGGCCAUCUUAUGUAAAUAGAGAGGAAGAUUUUUUCUUUUUACUACACAACAUUUUGGCAGAAAUGGAAGAAGUUACAGAGUUACAACCAGUUCCAGAUGCUCAUGUUCCUGUAAUGAGAUUCAAGUUCGAUGGAAUAUCAAUUGAUCUUCUGUAUGCAAGCAUCUCCCUUUUGGUGGUUCCAGAUGACUUGGACAUCUCAAAUGUUUCUGUUCUGUAUGAUGUUGAUGAGCCUACUGCCCGGAGUCUCAACGGCUGCAGGGUGGCUGAUCAAAUUCUUAAGCUUGUCCCUAACGUUGAGAAUUUUUGCACUACGCUUCGGUGCUUAAAAUUUUGGGCUAAAAGACGUGGAGUUUAUUCCAAUGUCACUGGAUUUCUUGGUGGCGUUAACUGGGCUCUUCUUGUUGCUCGAGUGUGCCAACUUUACCCAAAUGCUAUUCCCAGUAUGCUUGUUUCUAGAUUUUUCAGGGUGUAUACACAGUGGCGCUGGCCAAACCCUGUGAUGCUGUGUCCCAUUGAAGAAGAUGAAGUCGGAUUAUCUGUUUGGGAUCCUCGUAAGAACCCUCGUGAUCGCACUCAUCAUAUGCCAAUCAUAACACCUGCUUACCCAUGCAUGAAUUCUAGCUACAAUGUCUCAACAAGUACACUGCGAGUCAUGAUGGAGCAGUUCCAGUACGGUAACAAGACAUGUGAGGAGAUAGAACUGAAUAAAAUCCAAUGGAGUACUUUGUUUGAGCCAUAUAUGUUCUUCGAAAGCUACAAAAAUUACCUGCAGGUUGACAUAAUUGCUGCUGAUAUAGAUGAUUUGCGUUCUUGGAAAGGCUGGGUGGAAUCCCGUUUAAGGCAGUUGACUCUUAUGAUUGAGCGUGACACAUAUGGGAAGUUGCAAUGUCAUCCCUACCCUCAUGAGUAUGUUGAUACCUCCAAACCAAGUGCACAUUGUGCCUUUUUUAUGGGCUUGCAGAGGAAACAGGGGGAGAUGGUACAAGAAGGUCAGCAGUUUGAUAUUCGAGGGACAGUUGAUGAAUUCAGGAAUUCAAUAAACAUGUACAUGUUUUGGAAACCAGGAAUGGAAAUAUAUGUCUCUCAUGUUCGAAGGAAGCAACUUCCUUCUUACGUUUUUCCAAAUGGUUACAAACGGCUUCGGCAUCCUAGGGUUACAAUGCAGCAGCAAAUUGGCAAAUCAUGCACUCCAGAGAGCGGUUCUUGUGAUAGAAGUCAUAAAAGGAAAAAAGAUUCUGACGAGGUUGAUUUGAAAAAUGGGACGCCAGAAAAACGACAUUUUGAUGGUUCUGACAGAGACUCAGCGACUCCUGAAAAUAUCACAAAUAAGUUUGGUGAUGCAUCUCCAGAGUGCUUGGUGUUGGCUGAAGGGAAUGGAAUAUCACUGCUUGAUAGGAAGCCGUUUUGUCCUAGUGAUAUUGAUGGAACAUCUACAUCAAAUUCCAGUGCUGUAACUUCAAUAUCGAGUGAGGAUGUAGGAAAUGAAUCUGCAGCUGGCAGCAGUGAGGGGAACAAUGGUUGCAUUGAUGGGAGUGUUGAAGGAAGUAAUAACCUGUUAUCUUCUCAAAGUUAUAUCGGUGAUGCAGAUUCUGAAACCACUUUAAAGAUUGCGGAUGGUGGUGGAGUACUGCAGGAACAGUUCGAGCGAGUUGCGUCAGUUGGGAUGGCUCUGAAUACUGUAGAAGCUUUGCAGAAGCCUGUGACAAGGCACGUGCUUUGAAAUUUUAAGUGGUUAAGUUUGACAUCGAAGGCGUGAAUAUAGUGAGAAUUAUUUUCCUGCAACAUUUUCACCUAGAAGGCGGAAAGCCAGCAAUCUGGGUAUGUGAAUUUGCGUAAGUGUCACAUUUCUUGCUGGCUUUCGUUUCUUGUUUCUUUUCCAGGGAUGCUUAUCAGAACAUCAAAUCCAAUGGAGAAAGUAUCUGCUCUUUAUCGGCAGUGAAGUCGUCAAAUGCUUUCAAUCAUUUUGCUCGGAUUAUGAUAAAGGGACUGGUUUGUUUUCCUUUCCUAUUUCUGCGUCCUUUUAUGUUCACGGCGGAAGCAUUCUAGUGUUUUGAGGUGGGUGGGCUUCGAGAUAAAUAUUUUUCCAGUGUGAAAGCGGGUUUAAGAUUUAGGUACAAUAUUUUAUAUGUGUGGCUGCCUAUUGUUUUUGUUGUCCCGGAUUUCUUCGCUAUAAACUGUGCCUUGUGCUCACUCUGUAAUUAUUAUUAAGAAAAUAUUAAGAAUCUCUCCCUA